CCCAGAUCAGCUUAAACACAGCUUCUUCCAUUAGUGACAUGCUCCGAGAUGAGCCUACAAGAAGUCCAUCCAUUACGUCUGCUGUUGCCUUUGACAUCCUGCCGCUGAAACUGCAUCCAUUUUCCCAGAGCACUCCGACAGGCUUAGACUGCGUGGGCUGGAAACGGCGCAUCUCCUCUCCUGUGAUCACUGAUGGGGCACUGGAUAAGACAGCUCUAACAGACGAUGUUGGAAGUGAGGAGGACCUGUAUGAGGACUUCCGGAGCUCCAACCACCGCUAUGGCCACCCUGGGGGAGGCGGAGAGCAGCUUGCCAUCAAUGAGCUCAUCAGUGAUGGCAGCGUGGUGUAUGCAGAAGCCCUCUGGGACCACGUCACGAUGGAUGACCAAGAGCUGGGAUUCAAGGCCGGCGAUGUCAUUGAAGUAAUGGAUGCUACCAACAAGGAGUGGUGGUGGGGGCGGAUUCUGGACAGCGAAGGCUGGUUUCCAGCCAGCUUUGUACGGCUCCGAGUAAACCAGGAUGAACCCAUGGACGAUUAUCCCCUGAAGGUAGAGGGUGGCAAAGAGGACGACUCCAGCAGUGGCACUCGCCGCUUUGGGAUGGGGCAGACCACCAAAGAUCAAAUGAGGACCAACGUCAUCAAUGAGAUCAUAAGCACAGAGAGAGACUACAUCAAGCAUCUGAAGGACAUUUGUGAGGGUUACAUUAAGCAGUGCCGCAAAAGAGCUGACAUGUUUACAGAAGAACAGCUGAAGACAAUCUUUGGGAAUAUUGAGGACAUCUACAGGUGCCAGAAGAAAUUUGUUAAAGCACUAGAAAAGAAAUUCAACAAAGACCACCCACAUUUGAGUGAGGUUGGCUCAUGCUUCUUGGAGUAUCAAACAGAGUUUCAGAUAUACUCUGAAUACUGCAACAACCACCCCAACGCCUGCAUGGAGCUGUCCCGCCUCACCAAAGUUAACAAGUACGUCUACUUCUUCGAAGCCUGCCGCCUGCUGCAGAAGAUGAUCGACAUCUCUCUGGAUGGGUUUCUUCUGACUCCCGUGCAGAAAAUCUGCAAAUAUCCACUGCAACUGGCUGAACUGCUCAAAUACACCAACCCCCAACACAGGGAUUUUAAAGAUGUCGAAGCUGCCUUAAAUGCCAUGAAGAACGUUGCUCGCCUCAUCAAUGAGAGAAAGCGGCGGCUGGAGAACAUUGACAAAAUUGCUCAGUGGCAGAGUUCGAUAGAAGACUGGGAGGGUGAAGAUGUCCUAGUCAGAAGCUCAGAACUCAUCUAUUCCGGGGAGUUAACCAAAAUCUCCCAACCUCAAGCCAAGAGCCAACAGAGGAUGUUCUUCCUCUUCGAUCACCAGCUUGUCUGCUGCAAGAAGGACCUUCUGCGUCGGGACAUCUUGUAUUAUAAGAGUCGGAUCAACAUGGAUGAUAUGGAAAUACUGGAUGUAGAAGAUGGAAAGGACAAGGACUUUAAUAUCAGCGUGAAAAAUGCAUUUAAGUUGCACUGCCGAGACACAGAGGAAGUCCACUUGUUCUGUGCAAAAAAGCCUGAGCAGAAACAGCGCUGGCUGAAGGCAUUUGAGAAUGAAAGGAGACAGGUUCAGCUCGACCAGGAGACAGGUUUUUCAAUCACAGAGGUGCAGAAAAAGCAGGCAAUGCUGAAUGCCAGCAAGCAGCACCACACUGGGAAGCCUAAGGCUGUCACCAGGCCAUACUAUGACUUUCUGAUGCGUCAGAAGCAUCCCACCCUGCCUACUACGCUCCCUCAGCAGCAAGUCUUCAUGCUGGCAGAGCCCGCGCAAGCCCUCGAACUUCUGGCAGAACAUCAGCAGGCUGACGCCCUUCCGGAAAUAAGGGCAGCCCCGUGUUUGUGCCUGAACCCCUUCUGAGAAAGCACUUUAUCCAUCAGCCCUGGGAGGUGGAGCCCAGGUUCUUCCAAUCCUUUGUUUACAGAGGAUGGCACAUGUGCUCCUGCCUUCCCUAUUUAUUUUGCAGACCGACUGACCGCACUGGCUCUGAGGUGAGACACUGCGUGUGUGCUUGCACCCACGUGUGCAUUUGUGCCAGUCCCAUGGAGCCAGCUUUGCACAGCGCCCAAGAUGCAACCUUCCAGGAAGCGAUCACAGGAGGGAGCCUGACAUGUUUCAUCUGAAAAGAUUUUGCCUGUCAGCUAUACUUUGACUCACUCCUUCCCGCUGUGAACACUGCUGCUGUUUGGCAGCUGUCAGGGAGGGGAUGGCAGCUGCCAUCA